AUGUCGAAGCCCGAAGAUCUUGCUGGAGGUCAACAGCCAACACACACGUUCAUACCCGGCCACGGUUAUGCAAACAGCACCAUUGCAACAGCGCAGCUGGGUACUGCAACAGAGAAAGACGAGAAUCAAGAAGACCUGGAUGAGGACUACGAGGACAUAUUUGCGGGCGAAGACUUGGAUGACGAGGACUACGCAUCAUACAACCCAUCAGAUUACACAAAGACCUACAACAGACAGCGCCGGCUUCAGGAAGUCUCAUCGGAUCCAAAUGCCUCCAGAACGAACCUUCCCAAAGCUAACCCUCAGAAGCCCACUGCUAAUACGCUUGCGGCUAUAGACGACCAGGUCACAUCACUCUCCAGGCAUGCGGGAAAGUUGAAGUUGGACGACCGGCAAUCCGGUCUUGGGGUCAAACAUGACAGGGUCGCAGACAAGAGUGAUCGUGCAACUAGUGAGCAAGUGUUGGAUCCGCGUACUCGCAUGAUACUACUCCAGAUGAUCAAUCGUAAUGUUGUGUCUGAAGUCAACGGAUGCUUGUCCACCGGCAAGGAAGCCAAUGUCUACCAUGCUCUUUCCACAUCGCAGGGAGAUGGUUCGGAGGCCGCUGUUGCUCCACUGCACCGAGCAAUCAAAGUGUACAAGACUAGCAUACUGAUUUUCAAAGAUCGUGAUAAAUAUGUCACGGGAGAAUAUAGAUUCAGACAAGGCUACAGCAAGAGCAACAAUCGAGCCAUGGUCAAGGUCUGGGCAGAGAAGGAGAUGAGGAAUCUGAAAAGGAUAUAUGCUUCAGGCAUACCGUGUCCAGAGCCAGUUCAUCUACGUCUUCAUGUCCUCGUCAUGGGAUUUCUGGGUGAUAAGAAAGGUAUUCCUGCGCCCAGGCUGAAAGAUGUCGAGCUGAUAGGCAGCGACGUUGAAGCAAGGUGGAAGUUGCUAUACCUGCAACUAUUAGGAUACAUGCGUAUCCUGUAUCAAAACUGCAGAUUGGUUCACGCUGACUUGAGCGAAUACAAUAUUCUGUAUCACAACGACAAGCUGUGGCUUAUCGAUGUAAGCCAGAGCGUCGAGCAUGAUCAUCCUCGGAGUCUUGAAUUUCUGCGAAUGGAUAUCAAGAAUGUCAGCGAUUUCUUCCGCCGAAAGGGUGUCGAUGUGCUUUCGGAGAAGACCACCUUUGAGUUUGUCACUGCUGCCCAAGGUGGUAAGGGCCCAGAGGAGUUGGCCACCACACUGCAAACGCUAUUCGAAAAUAGGCUCGAAGAGGUUGAGGAGGAUAACGCAACUGCAGAAGUUGAUACCGAAGUCUUCCGCAAUCAAUACAUUCCACAGACGCUCGAGCAGGUGUAUGAUGUCGAAAGAGACGUGGGAGAGGUUGCGAAGGGUGGUCAGGACAAUCUUGUCUACCGUGAUUUACUGGCAGAAAAGCUAGCACCCGAGGUGCCAGUGGCGGGUGAAAGAGAAUCUGCCAAUGCUCUGGAGCAUGACACCCAAGAUUCCCCUGACUGUGAGAGUGGGCGUGAGGGUGAGGGUGACAACGAUGUUGACCCCUUCGCGAAGAAAGCACCUCGUGGGAAACGCUUCGAGGACAAAGAUGCUAAGAAGGACCACAAAAAGCAAGUGAAGGAGGAGAAAAAGGAACAGCGAGAGAAGAAAAUUCCGAAGAAAAUCAAGAAGCAAAUGAUCAGCGGUUCCACGCGACGCAAGCAUUGA